UGUACCAUGACAGUUGUUAAGACGAGUCCGUUGGGCAUCCGCGAAGAUGUGGCACCGAACAAUCAGUCGAUUAACGCAGACACGUGGGAUUUUCGUAAGAUCUUGUUGACGUACGGAACGCAUCGUACAUGAUUCACACAGUCUUUCUUUCAGAAAUACGCGAGACAAUUUCGCGCGACGAUCAGAAAUUCCAGAAGCUUUCACGUGAACGUUAGUCCAGCGGAGAAGGCGAAAUGCCGGAUGGAGACUAACGGCAGCUAUCCCUUAGUAGAUCAUUGCUACGAUGUGGUAGUGGUGGGAGCAGGAGGUGCGGGAUUGAGGGCUGCUUUCGGCCUUGGCAGCAAAGGAUAUCGCGUGGCGGUGGUGACGAAGCUCUUUCCGACCAGAUCGCACACUGUGGCGGCCCAAGGCGGCAUCAACGCUGUCUUGAAUGACACGAACGACGAGAGCGAAGACAGUUGGCUCUUCCACAUGUACGACACCGUAAAAGGAUCCGACUGGCUAGGCGAUCAGGACGCCAUACACUACCUUUCGAGGGAAGCUUCUCGUGUGGUUUACGAACUCGAGAACUACGGUUGCCCCUUUAGUCGCACGGACGACGGCAAAAUCUAUCAGCGUGCUUUCGGCGGGCAGUCGUUGAAGUUCGGGAAAGGCGGCCAGGCUUAUCGAACUUGCGCCGUCGCUGACAGGACCGGCCACGCGGUACUUCAUACCCUCUACGGACAGAGUCUUCGCUACGAUGUGCACUACUUCGUCGAGUACUUCGCCUUGGACCUGCUCAUGCACGGCCGAUGUUGCAAGGGUAUCUUGGCAUGGGAAUUGGAGACUGGUCUCCUGCAUCGCUUUAGGGCUCACCAUACGGUAGUUGCAACGGGUGGCGCCGGAAGAUGUUAUUUCUCUUGCACCUCGGCGCAUUCCUGCACCGGCGACGGCAUGGCGUUCGCUUGCCGAGCGGGUUUGCCGCUGCAGGACAUGGAGUUCGUCCAGUUCCAUCCGACCGGUAUUUACGGCAGCGGCUUACUCAUCACCGAGGGCAGCAGGGGGGAAGGCGGCAAACUUCUAAAUCGCGACGGAGAGUUCUUCAUGGAGAAAUAUGCGCCCGUGGCCAAAGAUCUAGCCUCGCGCGAUGUGGUGUCCAGAGCCAUGACCGUUGAGAUAUUAGAGGGAAGGGGUUGCGGGAAGAAAAAAGAUCACAUUCAUUUGCAACUGAGCCACUUGCCGGCUGACCUGAUAAAACAGAGAUUGCCGGGAAUUUCGCAUCUCGCUUGGGUGUUCGCCGGGGUGGAUGUAAGGAAAGAACCGAUCCCCGUAAUUCCCACGGCGCACUACAACAUGGGCGGCAUACCUACGAAUUGGAGUGCACAGGUAUUAACGCGAGAGAACGAGGAGGAUAAACCGAUCGAAGGUCUUUGGGCCGCCGGGGAGACCGCGUGUGUAUCUGUACACGGUGCUAACCGACUGGGCGCUAACAGCCUACUAGAAGUCGUGGUCUUCGGCAAAGUUAUUGCCGAUCAAAUCGACUGUCUCAGCAGGCCUGGCGAACGUCACGAGGAUCUGGCGCCGGAGAUUGGCGAGCAGACGGUCUGCCGCUUCGACGCGACCCGCUACUCGAAAGGUUGCAUUCCCGUGGUCGAGCUGCGCGAUGAGAUGCAACGUACGAUGCAGAACCAUUGCGCAGUAUUCAGGACUUGCGACAUACUGCAACGUGCGUGCAGGGAAAUGACUCGGUUCUAUACUUGCGAUCUGCCAGACUUAUGCGUGCAUGAUCAAUCUCUCAUCUGGAACACCGAGCUCGUCGAGGCUUUGGAGCUGCAGAACAUGAUGCUCGUUUGCAUGCACAUCGUUUACGCAGCUGAAAAUCGUAAAGAGUCGAGAGGCUCACACGCUAGAGAGGACUACAAGGAGAGAAGCGACGAGUACGAUUACUCGAAACCGCUCGAUGGACAGAAGAAACGACCUUUCACGGAGCACUGGCGUAAGCAUACGCUUACAUGGGCCUUGGAUGACGGAACGAUUUGCAUUUCUUAUCGGCCCGUUAUCGACACAACGCUAGACGAAACCGAGGCUCAGCACGUACCGCCUACGGUCCGCGCGUACUGAUUCGAAUGAUUAGUCGCGAACAAACGAGUUAAUUAACAUGUUACGGGAAGGCGACGCGAUUACGAAUACAGUUGCUUGCUAUGCUUCCGGCCGAGUCCACCGUUUAACGUCGAACAUACAAAAUUUGGGGAUUACCGGAGCGAAAAUGUCGUCGUCGCCCAAGCUCGUGCGAAAAUCCGCACAUACUGCUUGUUAGAUUCCGGACACCUUAUAUAAGCGCGUUUUGUGUUUAGCUGGUGACCUCGUGCGCGACAGAUGUCGACGAUGACUUAUCAGAAGGUUUAAUUAGUUUGCGUUACACUCGUAUCAAUUGCGAAUGUACGGUGAGAAGAAGCGACGCUUUUCGAUCGAGCGCAGCUCGUUGACAAGACGCUUUUGGGAAAAACGUGUUUCUAACAACGACAUUUCGAUGCGGUCAAUCUCUGUUUUCGAGACAUUGCGACUCGACAACGCGAUUAAGCGACGUAACGUCUUCGAAGAGAUACGUUAAUCACACACCUACACACCGAUAGCGCUAUUGUGCUGAUGAAUAAAUUCUUCUUUAAAGAAUCAAAUUUCGUUCUGUACGUUCAAAUUCGAGAGACUUACCUAACAAUUUGUAUCGUCCUGGGU